AUGCCGAAAAAGACUAGAAAAGAAGUCAAAGAAGAACGUAUAAAAUCCAAUCUUCCUCAUGAUGGCCAUACUUCCUCUUCCGAUGAUGAUGGAGUCGCUAGUGAUGUGAGUACAGCCUCCGACUCGACUCGUUUGGCAAGCAUGGAAGAAUUAUCCAGUAAAUUUUCUGAUGCGAUUGAAUGGCUUACUGAGAAGGCUAGUGCUCGCCGAUUGGAAGGCUUGAAUUUGAUGAUCAAAAUUAUGAAGAUGCGCUACGUGGCUGACUUGUUGAGUGGAAAAUUGGAAUCUGCUGUGAGUGGUGCCAUUCAAUGCUGUGCGAAAGGAUCUUCUGAAGAAUGUGUGGCUGCUUUCAAGGUGUUUGCUUUGAUUUCUGUCACAGUUGGAGGUUGUGUGAAUGAAAAUGAUCGAAGACAUUUAUUCCCUUCAAAAUCAUUGAAUGAUUCCGUAUUUGGACAACAAGCCAUGCUCUCUGAAGACCAUUCACAAAGAAUGAAAGAGGUCUUGAAAAGAAAUGCGGACGCAGCUUCGAAAAAGAGUCAAGAAGUUCGAUGUGAAGCAUUGUUUUCACUUGCUAUUUUGGAAUUCAUGGACUCUUCUGCUGAAGAUUUGAUUUUAGAAAAGGAUGAGAAUAACAAAUUGCAAUACUUUAAGCAAUUUUGGAGUGAUAAGGAUGAUAUUGUAGCAUCUGUUGCCAUUGAAUCAUGGGCUUUCCUUGCCACAAUGGUUCCCAACAAGUACAAGGUGAGCAUGUUGGUUCCAGACUCGCUGAAAAGUCUUCAAAAGAUUAUCGUCUCUGAAUCGACAUCGCCAUCACUCAAAAUUUCAGCUGGUCAAGCAGUUGCAUUGUUGUUCGGUGCCAUCAAUAUGAAUGAAGACUAUGAUAGUUCCAUCUCUAAAAAUGAUUAUGAAUCUCUGGUAGAGGCAAUGAAUAAUGCAGCUUCCCUCUCUGGUAAGGCAGUUUCAAAGAAAGAAAAAGCCGUGCAAAGAAUGAAUUUUAGAAGUUUUGUGACAACAGUAGAAGAUGGAGAGAUUCCAUCGGACAAAUUGAAUGUUUCAGGUAAUACUCUUGUCUUUGAGAGUUGGGACAAGCUAAUUGAAUUGGCAAAUUUCAAGAAAUUGCUCGAAGGAGGCCUUUUGGAACAUUUCAAGUACAAUAUCAAUUUACAACACAUCUUUGAUGUGAGCCAUUUAAAUCUAGGUGUGGAACAACCAUCCACAAAAUUAAGCUCACUAGAAAAGAAGUACUAUCUCUCAAAGAAUUCUGAUUUUAAUAAGACUGAUACUUUGGAAAAGAAUAAGAUGACAAGAGCGUUUGCAAAUUAUGUUCAUGCUUCGUCAAGCUAUGACGAAGAAUAA